AUGAUGCGCCGCGCAUUGAGUGGUGUCGUCGCCGUCCGCGCGUCGGCGAUGCGCAGCUAUACGGACGCCCGCACGAUCCGCAAACCGAACCCAUAUGACCAGCUCGUCAACGCCGAGAACCAGCACUAUGUGGAGGAUCUCAUGCGACAGUACGAGGCCGACAGCGCUCUUGUCGAUCCCAGCUGGGUGCCCGUGCUAGAGGCGAUUCGUUCCGGAAGUGACGAUUCUCCGGUCGUGGCGACCUUCAGCCGCCCGACAGACGCCAAGGCAUUGUCGGAAAAGCAGCGCCACGACAAUAUGCGCCUUUCGUGGAUGAUCCGCGAAUACGAACGGUUUGGCCACCAUAUGGCGAACGUCGACCCGCUCAGCGGCUACCACGCCGAUAAUUGUAUCCUCGGAUCUCGCACACUGGCGCCGGAGGAGUUCGGCUUCACCAAGGAUGAUCUGUCGCAUGUCUUCAACGUCACCUUUGGUGCCAGCCACGAGGCGACCUUCGUCAGCGGUGGCACUGCCAUGACGCUGCAGCAGAUUAUCAAUCAACUCCGCCGGCUCUACUGUGGACCGAUCGGGUUCGAGUUCAUGUCGUCAGGCUUCUUCGAGCUGCGCAACUGGUUCCGACAGGAAGUCACGGACUCCCUGCAGCCCUUGCCAGCCGAGGAGCGUAGGCUUUACUACAACGAUGUCGUAAAGGCCUGUGGCUUCGAGAAGUUUCUGCAGUUGAAGUACGCCACAAAGCAUCGCUUCGGCCUCGACGGCGGCGAGGCGCUCAUUCCGGCCUUGAAGGCAGCCAUCCUCACAUCGAGCGACCUCGGCGUGCAGAGCGCGAUCAUCGGCAUGGCACACCGUGGCCGCCUGAACGUCCUGGCGAACGUGCUGCACAAGUCCCUACGCGCCAUCCUCAACGAGUUCGAAGGUCGUGUGGCGAUCGAGGAUGCCCACCUCACCGGCGACGUCGAGUACCAUCUCGGCAAGCGCAAGCACGUGAAACUGCCAAACAACAAGUCCAUCGAGCUGGACCUGCUGCCGAACCCGUCCCAUCUCGAAGCCGUAAACCCGCUGGUGCUGGGUAAGGCCCGUGCGCGGCAACUCUACACGAACGACGUGGAGUGCACGGCGGUGCUGCCGAUCCUCAUCCACGGCGACUCCGCAUUCGCCGGCCAAGGGUCGUGCUACGAGACGAUGGGCUUCUGCGAGCUAGAAAACUUCCACGUCGGUGGCACGCUGCAUUUGGUCAUCAACAACCAGAUCGGCUUCACCACCAACCCGAAGGACUCGCGCGCCAGCGCCUACUGCACCGACCUGUCAAAGGUGAACAACGCCCCAGUGAUGCACGUCAACGGCGACGACGUGGACGCGUGCGUGAAGGCGGCCAAGAUUGCCGCACGCUUCCGCCAGCAGUUCCACCACGACAUCAUCAUCGACCUCGUCUGCUACCGACGCUACGGACACAACGAGACCGACCUGCCCGACUUUACCCAGCCGAAGCUCUACAACCAGAUUCGCCAGCACCCCAGCGUCGUAGACAUCUACACCAAAACUCUCAUCAAGGACGGCGUGCUGACAGCAGAGGAGGCCAAAGCGAAGGACAAGGAUUGGGAGGGCGUCCUGCGCCAGGCGUACGACCGCAUGAACAGCGCGCAGAACUUCGUGAAGGUCAUGCCCGUGUUUGACCCCGAGAGCGAGAACACCUCGGCCGAUUUGUCGUAUGCGAAGAUCGCUGCCACACGUAUACCGCCGCCGGUUUCGGCGGUGGACACCGGCGUCGAGACUCAGACGCUACGCGAGGCCGGCGUGCGUCUGGCGUCGAUCCCGAAGGAGAUGCAGAAGCCACACCCGGUCGUGGAGCGGACGUACGCGGCGCGCAAGAAGGGCACGGAGCAGGGGGACGCAAUCGAGUGGUGUCAAGCAGAGCUCAUGGCGCUGGCGACGCUCUCGAUGCAAGGGGUGCCGAUCCGGCUGACUGGCGAGGAUGUCGAGCGCGGCACCUUCACCCAGCGCCACGCCGGCAUUACGGACAUGAAGACGAACCUGAAGUACUUCCCGGUGAAGAUGUUGUCGUCUUCGCAGGCGCUCAUCACCAUCUCCAACAGCUCCCUCUCCGAACUCGGCGUCUGCGGUUUCGAGAUGGGGUACAACAUGGAGAACACCCGCUCCAUCACUAUGUGGGAGGCCCAGUUCGGCGACUUCGCCAACGGUGCACAGGUGAUCUUCGACCAGUUCCUCAGCUGCUGCGAGGAAAAGUGGAAUGAGCACAGUAGCCUAAUCCUGUCGCUGCCGCACGGCUACUCGGGCGCCGGUCCGGAGCACAGCUCCGCUCGCGUGGAACGCUUCCUGCAGCUGAGCGACGACGGCGACCGAGUGCCAUCGGACUUUCGCCACUUCCCUAACGACCAGGCGCUCGAAAUCCGCAUCCGUCGCCACAACUGGCAGGUGACCUACCCGAGCACUCCGGCCAACUACUUCCAUCUUCUGCGCCGCCAAGGACUCCGCGAGUUUGCAAAGCCGCUCAUCAAUUUCUUCUCGAAGGCGCGCCUGCGUGCGCCGAACCUAUCAAGGUUGUCGGACAUGACUCAGGGGACCAGCUUCAAGGCGGUCAUUGAUACCGCGCGCGCAAAGGACACGGUGGCGCGAAAGGUCGUGUUCUGCUCUGGCCAAAUUGAGAGCAUUGUGAAUGAUGCGAAGACCGCCAUGCAGAAGGAGACGCCAGGCGUGCACGACGACGUCGUCCUCGUCACAGUCGAGCAGCUGGCCCCGUUCCCGUGGGAGCAGGUGGCGGAUGUGAUGGAGACGUACGCGCAGCGUAACCCCAUCACGGAGUUUGUGUGGCUGCAGGAGGAGCCACGGAACAUGGGCAUGUGGACGCACAUGCGGCCCCGCAUGAACAGCCUGAUGCACCAUCUUGGUCUCCAGCAGAAGCGCAUCAGCGUCGUGAGCCGCCCGUCUGCAGCGUCGCCGUCCACCGGCUAUGGCUCCGUGCACGUGGCGGAGGAGAAGAAGCUCAUCGCGGAAACCCUUGCAUGA